UGGAAGAAAGAAAACCGUGUCUUUCAGCAGCAUGCCAUCGGAGAAGAAAAUCAGCAGCGCCAGCGACUGCAUCAGCUUCAUGCAAGCCGGCUGCGAGCUGAAGAAGGUCCGGCCGAAUUCUCGCAUUUACAACCGUUUCUUCACUCUGGACACAGACCUCCAAGCUCUUCGCUGGGAGCCUUCCAAGAAGGACCUUGAGAAAGCUAAGCUUGAUAUUUCUGCCAUAAAAGAGAUCAGACUGGGGAAGAACACGGAAACAUUCAGGAACAAUGGCCUUGCCGACCAGAUCUGUGAGGACUGUGCCUUUUCCAUACUCCAUGGGGAAAACUACGAGUCUCUGGACCUAGUUGCUAAUUCAGCAGAUGUGGCAAACAUCUGGGUAUCAGGGUUGCGGUACCUUGUUUCUCGAAGUAAGCAACCGCUUGAUUUCAUGGAGGGCAACCAGAACACACCAAGGUUCAUGUGGUUGAAAACUGUGUUUGAAGCAGCAGAUAUCGAUGGGAAUGGGAUUAUGUUGGAAGACACCUCUGUGGAGUUAAUAAAACAACUCAACCCUACCCUGAAGGAAUCCAAGAUCAGGUUAAAGUUUAAAGAAAUCCAGAAGAGCAAAGAAAAGCUAACCACCCGAGUGACGGAAGAGGAGUUUUGUGAAGCUUUUUGUGAGCUUUGCACCAGGCCGGAAGUGUAUUUCUUACUUGUACAGAUAUCUAAAAACAAAGAAUACUUGGAUGCCAAUGAUCUGAUGCUCUUUUUAGAAGCCGAGCAAGGAGUCACACAUAUCACUGAGGAUAUGUGCUUGGAUAUUAUUCGGAGAUAUGAACUUUCUGAAGAGGGACGUCAAAAAGGGUUUCUCGCAAUUGAUGGCUUUACCCAGUAUUUGUUGUCACCAGAAUGUGACAUUUUUGAUCCCGAGCAAAAAAAGGUUGCCCAAGAUAUGACCCAGCCGUUAUCUCACUACUAUAUCAACGCCUCUCACAACACCUAUCUCAUAGAAGAUCAGUUCAGGGGGCCGGCUGAUAUUAAUGGGUAUGUUAGAGCUUUGAAAAUGGGCUGUCGAAGCAUUGAACUCGAUGUAAGUGAUGGUUCAGACAAUGAACCAAUCCUUUGUAAUCGAAACAACACGUCGACACACCUUUCCUUUCGAAGUGUCAUUGAGGUGAUAAACAAAUUUGCCUUUGUUGCUUCUGAAUACCCACUCAUUCUGUGCUUGGGGAACCAUUGCUCCCUACCACAGCAGAAGGUAAUGGUUCAACAGAUGAGAAAGGUCUUUGGCACUAAACUCUAUACCGAAGCACCUUCGCCAUCAGAAUCCUACCUCCCAUCACCAGAAAAAUUAAAAAGAAUGAUCAUUGUGAAAGGAAAGAAAUUGCCUUCUGGUUCAGAUGUUUUAGAAGGAGAAGUAACAGAUGAAGAUGAAGAAGCUGAAAUGUCUCGAAGGAUGUCAGCAGAUUACAACGGUGAGCAGAAACACAUCUGGCUGUGCAGAGAGCUUUCUGAUUUGGUGUCUAUUUGUAAAUCUGUUCAGUACCGGGAUUUUGAACUGUCUAUGAAAAGCCAAAACUACUGGGAAAUUUGUUCAUUUAGUGAAUCAGAGGCCAGCAGAAUUGCAAAUGAAUACCCAGAGGAUUUUGUCAAUUAUAAUAAGAAGUUCUUAUCAAGAAUCUAUCCAAGUGCCAUGAGGAUUGAUUCCAGUAACUUGAAUCCACAGGACUUCUGGAACUGUGGCUGUCAGAUUGUGGCAAUGAAUUUUCAGACUCCAGGUCCAAUGAUGGACCUUCACACAGGCUGGUUUCUUCAAAACGGAGGCUGUGGUUAUGUUCUAAGGCCAUCUAUCAUGAGGGAUGAAGUUUCUUACUUCAGUGCAAAUACAAAGGGCAUUGUACCUGGGGUGUCUCCUGUAGUUCUUCAUAUCAAGAUCAUCAGUGGUCAGAAUUUCCCAAAGCCCAAGGGAGCUUGUGCCAAAGGGGAUGUCAUAGAUCCCUACGUGUGCAUAGAGAUACAUGGACUACCAGCAGACUGCUCAGAACAAAGAACUAAGACUGUACAACAAAACAGUGAUAAUCCUAUUUUUGAUGAAACUUUUGAGUUUCAAGUUAACCUCCCUGAGCGGGCCAUGAUCCGCUUCGUCGUUCUGGAUGAUGACUACAUCGGGGAUGAGUUCAUAGGGCAGUAUACGAUACCGUUUGAGUGUUUGCAGCCGGGGUACCGGCAUGUCCCCCUGCGCUCGUUCGUGGGUGACGUCAUGGAGCACGUGACCCUUUUUGUCCACGUAGCAAUAACUAAUCGCAGCGGAGGAGGAAAGGCGCAGAAGCGCAGCCUCUCGGUGAGGAUGGGGAAGAAGGUUCGAGAGUACACCAUGCUCAGGAAUAUCGGUUUGAAAACCAUAGAUGACACCUUUAAAAUAGCAGUUCAUCCCUUACGAGAAGCCAUAGAGAUGAGAGAAAAUAUGCAGAAUGCCAUAGUGUCUGUUAAGGAGCUGUGUGGACUCCCUCCGAUCGCCAGUCUGAAGCAGUGCCUGUUGACUCUGUCCUCUCGGCUGAUCACUAGUGACAAUACUCCCUCAGUCUCUCUCGUGAUGAAAGACAACUUUCCUUAUCUGGAGCCUCUGGGGGCAAUUCCAGAUGUGCAGAAAAAAAUGCUGGCGGCUUAUGAUCUGAUGAUUCAAGAGAGCCGGUUUCUCAUAGAAAUGGCUGACACAGUCCAGGAAAAGAUUGUGCAGUGCCAGAACGCAGGGAUGGAGUUCCAUGAGGAACUUCAUAAUCUGGGGGCAAAGGAAGGCUUGAAAGGAAGAAAACUCAACAAGGCAACCGAGAGCUUUGCUUGGAACAUUACAGUAUUGAAGGGCCAAGGAGAUCUGUUGAAGAAUGCGAAGAACGAAGCUCUAGAAAACAUGAAGCAGAUCCAGCUGGCGUGCUUGUCUUGUGGCCUCAGUAAGGCCCCCAGCAGCGGCGCCGAGGCCAAGAGCAAGCGCAGCCUGGAAGCCAUAGAGGAGAAGGAAAGUGGUGAGGACAGUGGGAAGCUGUGACCCCGAGCGUGCCGGCGUGCUCGCCCAUCCUCUGUGUCAGCGUUUCUUUCUGCUCUUCUCUCCUUACGCUUUUUCAGAUGCUCACAGAAAGAUGCCAUCUAUGGGGUGUUGGACAUAAAGAUAUUUUCACAAUGUCAGUAUAUUAAUGUAGUUAAUUUAUGUAAGUUAAAAUGGUUAGUAGCAGUGUUUUAAAUUCUGAGAUGUGUACACACCCAUGUAUGGAUGUGUGUGUGUGUGUG